CCAGCCCUCCGCGGGCCGUCCCGUCCGUCCCGUCCCGUCCGUCGGCCGGCCCCGCUCCGCCUCGCGUUUCCCCGCGGCCCGGCGCGCUAUAAAGCCGGGCGACGGCGGCGGCGCGGGCGGGGAGCGGAGGCGAGCGCAGCGCCGCCGCCCAGGCGCCGGCGAUGAGCUCCCUGCUGGCUCUGAAGGACCGCAAGGUCGUGACCAUCGUGCACUACCCCGGCGGGGGCACCAACGCCAGCAAGGCCGGCGGCGGGCAGCACCUCGCCGGCGCGGCGGCGAUGCCGGCCUCCGCGGCCCCCGCGCCCGCCAAGGCGUCCUCCUUCGCCCUGCAGCCGGGCCCCCAUCUCCUGGCCAGCAGGCACCUCCAGAAACUCAACAGCCAGUACCACGCCAUGGCGGGGCCGGGGCCCCCGGCCGAGUCCGGCUCGCGGCCCGGCUGGGGCUUCGGGGCGCAGCCCCUGGGCCCCGGGGCGCUGGCCCCCGCGGCUGGCACCCACAGCCCCGGCAUCAUCGACUCGGACCCCGUGGACGAGGAGGUCCUCAUGUCCUUGGUGGUGGAGCUGGGCCUCGACAGGGCCAACGAGCUGCCGGAGCUGUGGCUCGGGCAGAACGAGUUUGACUUCGCCGCGGACUUCCCGGCUGGCUGCUGAGGUCGGGAGGCGACUGGGAGCGCAAGGGCCCCGUUGCCGCGGGAUGUGCUCGGCUUGCCGGCCGCCCGGCUGGGUCGCUGCGGGCAGCUUCGUGCUGCUGAGAUGUGCUGGGCGCGGACGUGCCCGGCUGCCGGGGCUGCCCCGACCUGAGGGCAGGGCAAGGGACGGGGCCGGAGGCAGGGAGGGGGCCCUGGGUGUGCGUGGAGCUGGACCGGUGCGAGAGGAGGGUGGGAAGGGGCUGCCCUGGGGGCUGGAUGGCGGUUUGGGCAGUGGAGGGGCUGGUUUGCUGUGGCCAGCCCAGUGGAGGUCUCAAGCAGCUGUUUAAUAAAAUCCUGAAGGACUCA